CCUCCUCAGCAUCUCGACUCUCCAGCAUCAGCAUCUGAUCAUUCUGUCUUAAGGCUAUACAGUCGACUAUAACCGGUGAGGGGAAAGAAAAACGUUUUGUUUUUUUUGUUGUUGUUGGGUUUUUUUUCUUUUCUUUUUCUGGACGGAAUUUUCUUUGGGAUCCUUAUUAUCACUUCACCAUAGACAUUUCUAUCCCCAAAUCGUCUUCCUGCGACGUAAAGCUCUACCAGAGGUGCAUCUGAAUCUGGAGAUCAAACCAUGGGACAUGAAUGUAGCGCUGGACCAAUGAUGGAGGCAGUGUGCUUCAAUCCAGGAGGUCGCCUCAAAAGGAAAUGAGAUGCAGUUGUGAAUCGCUGACAAAACACCAAGGAUCAGGUUUAUCUCAGUACUCACACCUGUAUCCAUUUAGGAGAACAUUGGAUAUUUUUCCAUAUAACUCCGGCUUAGACUUGCCAGGGAAAAAAAAGAUAGAUUCGGUCCGUUAUCAUCACUACACCUGCAUUCUCGGCUAGAAUUAGAAGUUAUCUAAAUGGAAUAUAAUUUUCAACCACUAAAUUUUGGGGCGCAGAUAUAAUCAGAUGCUAUCAUCACUUUGAGGAUCUAUCCCCAUUUCUAACCCUGCACCAUACGCCCUGAUAUUUGCUACCAUGAAUCCCUCCAGCCAAGUAGGGCAUGUUGUCUUUCUGCUCAGUACCAUGCUGGGCCUGAGUGUGGGCAUGGAGUUUACUGGCUCAGAAGGCCAGUGGGCUCGCUACCUGCGCUGGGACGCCAGCACCCGAAGUGAUCUGACUUUCCAGUUCAAGACAUCGGCAUCUGAGGGCCUGCUCCUCUAUUUCGACGAUGGCGGAUUUUGUGACUUCCUGCUCCUCACUGUGUCAGGAGGUAAACUGCAGCUGCGCUUCAGCAUCGAUUGCGCCGAAACCAGCAUCACCUCCGGCAAAAUGGUCAAUGACAGCCACUGGCACUUUGCCAGUAUCAGCAGGCACAACCUACGCACGGCUUUGGCCCUGGAUGGCCAGAGCAAGGCGGAUGAGGUGCGGCCCCAGCGACAGUUCAUGAAGAUUGUUAGUGACCUAUUCCUCGGAGGGCUCCCGGGGGAUAUCCGCACUUCAGCCAUCACCCUGCCCUCUGUCCGUGAGUUACUGCCAUUCAGGGGAAUUAUCACCAAUCUGAGUUAUGGGACCAAGCUGCCCACACUCGUUGAUAGUCAAAUGGUUCGUUUAGAGAUGAUUGGCCUUUGCACAGAGAGCCCGUGUGAAAAUGGAGGGACCUGCUCACUGGCGGAUGGAGAACCUUAUUGUGACUGUUCCAAAACUGGAUAUGUAGGUCGAUACUGCACAGAAGCGAGGGAGGAGAAUGUGGCGACCUUCCGUGGUUCAGAAUACUUCUGCUACGACCUGUCACAGAAUCCCAUCCAGAGCAGCAGUGAUGAGAUCACACUUUCUUUCAAGACCUGGCAACGAAAUGGCCUUCUGCUCCACACGGGCAAGUCUGCAGACUAUGUCAACCUGGCUUUGAAGGAUGGGGCAGUGUCCCUGGUCAUCAAUUUGGGUUCUGGAGCCUUUGAGGCCAUUGUUGAGCCGGUCAACGGAAAGUUCAACGACAACGCCUGGCACGACAUCAAAGUGACACGCAACCUGAGACAGCAAUCAGGCAUUGGACACGCUAUGGUAAACAAACUACAUUGUCUGGUGACUAUCUCCGUGGAUGGGAUUCUAACCACCACAGGUUACACUCAGGAAGACUACACCAUGUUGGGCUCUGAUGACUUCUUCUAUGUGGGUGGAAGCCCUAGUACAGCGGAUCUGCCCGGAUCUCCAGUUAGCAACAACUUCAUGGGCUGCCUCAGAGAGGUUGUGUACAAAAACAAUGAUAUCCGCCUGGAGCUGUCCCGCCUGGCCCGCAUUGUAGACCCCAAGAUGAAGCUUCAAGGGGAUGUGGUCUUCAAGUGUGAAAAUGUGCCCACCCUCGAUCCCAUCAACUUUGAAACCCCUGAAUCCUACCUAGGCUUGCCGAAGUGGAACACUAAGCGUGUUGGCUCCAUUUCCUUUGACUUCCGGACCUCAGAACCUAACGGACUGAUUCUCUUCACCCACGGCAAGCCCCAGGACCGGCGGGAUGCCAAGGGACAGAAGAACAACAAAGUGGACUUUUUUGCAGUGGAGCUGCUGGAUGGAGGACUGUACCUACUGCUGGAUAUGGGGUCUGGCACCAUCAAGAUAAAGGCAACCCAGGCCAAGGUCAACGAUGGGGCCUGGCACCACGUGGACAUCCAGAGGGACGGACGCUCAGGCAUCAUUUCGGUGAACAGCCGCCGCACCCCAUUCACAGCCAGUGGUGAGAAUGAAAUUUUGGACCUAGAAGGAGACCUUUACCUGGGUGGUCUACCUGACAAUCGGGUCGGCCUGGUUCUCCCAACGGAGCUGUGGACUGCCAUGCUCAACUAUGGCUAUGUGGGUUGCAUCCGGGACCUGUUCAUCGACGGGCGCAGCAAAGACAUCCGCCAGAUCGCUCAGUCCCAGAAUGUGACAGGCAUCAAGUCCUCGUGUAGUAAGGUCUCGGGCAAACAGUGUGAAAGCAACCCAUGUAAGAACAAUGGCGCAUGUAAGGAAGGAUGGAACCGCUUCAUCUGCGACUGUAUCGGGACCGGCUUCUGGGCUAUCACAUGUGAAAGAGAGGCGUCAAUCCUCUCGUACGACGGCAGCAUGUACAUGAAGGUGGUGAUGCCUAGUGUCAUGCACACUGAGGCCGAGGACGUCUCCCUCCGCUUCAUGUCCCAGAGGGCAUUUGGCCUGCUUAUGGCCGCCACGUCCCGUGAGUCAGCAGACACCCUGAGGCUGGAGCUGGACAGCGGCAGGGUCAAACUGACGGUCAACUUAGACUGUGUCAGGAUAAACUGUAACACCAGCAAGGGCCCUGAGGUACUUUAUGCCGGACAAAAGCUCAACGACAAUGAGUGGCACUCGGUUCGAGUGGUCCGCCGUGGUAAAAACUUCAAACUCACCGUGGAUGAGGAUAUGGCUGAAGGUCAGAUGGUGGGAGACCACACCCGUCUUGAGUUCCACAACGUGGAGACAGGCAUCCUGACCGAGAGGCGUUUUGUCUCCUCCGCUCCUUCCUCCUUCAUAGGGCAUCUGCAGAGCCUCAAGUUCAAUGGCAUGCAGUAUAUUGACAUGUGCAAGAACGGAGACAUUGACUUCUGUGAACUCAACGCCCGCUUCGGCAUGCGGUCUAUCAUUGCCGACCCCGUGACCUUUAAGACAAAGGGCAGCUACCUGGGUUUGGCCACUCUGCAGGCCUACACCACGAUGCACCUCUUCUUUCAAUUCAAAACCACCUCGCCAGAUGGUUUCAUCAUUUUCAACAGUGGGGACGGGAAUGACUUCAUUGCCGUGGAAUUGGUCAAAGGGUUCAUCCACUAUGUGUUUGACCUGGGGAACGGGCCUAGUCUGCUGAAGGGGAACAGUGACAACCCCCUGAACGAUAAUCAGUGGCACAACGUGGUCAUCAUCCGGGACGCCUCCAACACGCACACACUCAAAGUGGACACCAAAUCGGUCACCCAGAAUGUAAACGGAGCCAAGAACCUCGACCUCAAAGGUGACCUGUUUAUCGGGGGCCUGGGACCCAACAUGUACCAGAACCUUCCCAAGCUGGUGGUGUCCAGGGAGGGCUUUCAGGGCUGCCUUGCCUCUGUCGACCUCAAUGGCCGACUGCCGGACCUCAUCAAUGACGCCCUGUUCCGCAGCGGGCAGAUCGAACGCGGCUGCGAAGGCCCCAGUACCACCUGCCAGGAAGACUCCUGUGCUAACAUGGGUGUGUGUAUCCAGCAGUGGGAGAAUUUCACCUGUGAUUGCACCAUGACUUCUUACACGGGGACUAACUGCAAUGACCCUGGCACCACCUACAUCUUCGGCAAAGGAGGGGGUCUGAUCACGUACACAUGGCCCAACAACGAGAGGCCAAGCACGCGGACAGACCGGUUGGCAGUUGGCUUCAGUACCACAAUCAAAGACGGCAUCCUGGUCCGCAUUGACAGUGCCCCGCGCCUGGGAGACUACAUCAUGCUCCACAUUGAGCAAGGCAAAGUAGGUGUGACUUUCAACAUAGGGACAGUGGACAUCAGUGUGAAGGAGACAACUACAGCAGUAAAUGAUGGUAAAUACCAUCUGGUUAGAUUCACCAGGAACGGAGGAAACGCCACCUUACAGGUGGACAACUGGCCAAUCAACGAGCAUUUUCCAACAGGCAACAGCGACAUUGAGCGCUAUCAAAUGGCAAAUAAGAAAAUCCCGUUCAAAUAUACCCGGCCAGUAGAAGAUUGGCUUCAGGAGAAAGGCCGGCAGCUGACCAUCUUCAACACCCAGGCCACAAUCUCCAUAGGUGGGAAUGACCGGAAGCGCCCCUACCAGGGCCAGCUCUCUGGCCUCUACUAUAAUGGCCUCAAGGUGCUCAACAUGGCCGCCGAGGGUCAUGCUAACAUCAAGGUGAAUGGCAGUGUCCGGCUGGUUGGUGACGUGCCGGCCAGUAGGGGCGCAGCACGCACCACCACCUCGGUUCCUCCGGAGAUGUCCACCACCUUCAUCGAGACCACUACCACGCUUUCUACCACUACUACUCGCAAGCAGCGCUCACCGCCCACCAUUCAGACAACAGAUGACAUUGUCUCAUCGGCCGAGUGCGCCAGCGACGACGAGGACCUGGAUGAAUGUGACUCCGGACAUACAGGAGGGGAAUUAGUCAUCCCCGUGCUAGUUGAGGACCCCAUAGACAUCCCCUCUGUAUCCACUCGCUCUCCCUUCAUCCCCCUCCCUCCAACCCUCCGCCCCGUCCUCACCAUUAUUGAGACCACCAAAGAGUCCCUGGCCAUGGCCACUGAGGCGGGGGUACCUUGCUUGUCGGACCGAGGCAGCGAUGAUUGUGGUGAUGGUGAUGGUGGUGAUGAUGGUGAUGAUGAUGAUGAUGAUGGCAUGGUGAUUUCGGGGUUUGGCUCUGGCGAAGCUUUCGACUCUAGCCUGCCCCCGACUGACGAUGAAGAUUUUUACACCACCUUCUCCCUGGUAACAGAUAAGAUCUUGACCACAUCGGCGGGUAGGACUACACCCACCCCGCCUCUACCCGACAUCCGGGGCACGCCGCCGGCGGCAGUCCCCUCAGACACGCUGCCCAAGCUGCCCGCCGGGAAAAUGAACAACCGUGAGGUCAAACCCCCGCAGCCAGACAUUGUCCUGCUGCCCCUCCCCACGUCCUUUGAUCUGGACGGCACCAAACCACGGGGCCCCCUUAUCACCUCGCCCAUGCUGCGCACGGUGCCCGCUGCCUUGCCCACCGUGCCCGGCGUGGUGCGGCGGGUGCCGUCGGGGGCCUCGGAGGUGAUCCGGGAGUCCAGCAGCACCACGGGCAUGGUGGUGGGCAUCGUCUCAGCUGCUGCCCUCUGCAUCCUCAUCCUCCUCUACGCCAUGUACAAGUACAGGAACAGGGACGAAGGUUCCUACCAGGUGGACGAAACACGCAACUACAUCAGCAACUCGGCGCAGACCAACGGCGCCGUGGUGAAGGAGAAAACGCCCAGCGGCAGUGCCAAAGGCAAUGCCAGUAGCAAGAGACCAAAAGACAAGGACAAGGAAUAUUACGUAUAGGAAAAAAAAAAAAAAAUCAUUUCCCAACACAUAAUGAAAAGAGUAAAACUGUGUGGAGCAAUGGAAUAAACGUUUUGACAGUACCAUAUUGGCAACUGUGAUUG